AUGAGUUCUCAUGAACUUAACAGCAAAUAUGAUAUAAUUAUAAGAAGGUAAUUGGAGACCAAAUUAUUAUUUCCAUUUUUCUUAAUUAAAUUUUAAAAUUUAGAUUUCUAUAAUGGGGGUUGGUAACUAAUUAUGUAAGUUGAACAUAUUGGAGGUUUAUGCGAGGAAUGUGAUGUAGAUAAUAUUAUUGGUAAUGGAUAUUACUUUAAGAAUUAAUGGGAUCUAAUUUGUUUCAGUUGUUUUGGAAUUGAUAAUGGAACUCUUCCAUUUCUAUUAGCCUUAAUUUAGAAUUAGUUGAUUUUAUAUUAUUUAAAGCUUUAAUAUUUAUAACUUUAUAACUUUGACUUUGAGAAGUAUUCAAAAAUCUAAUAGAUUAUUUGCAUCUUUAAAAAUUGGAUAAAAGUUUAGUAAUAUAAUAUAUAGAUUAAAUCAAGAUAUAUUUAUAAUUAUAAUUAAUUAUCAGAUCAUGAAACCAUAUUAAUUAAAAUGUUUUAAAAUAUAUGUGGAUAUUCUCUGUCAUUUUCACUUUUAAUAUUAAUUUUUAGUUUUAAUUUACCUUAAUUGAUUCAACUAGUAAUAGUUUUGACUUUAUGGCAUACAAUUUAGAUUGUUAUUCACUAAAUUUUUGGAUUCAUUUAAUAUAUUUACGAAUCUUUUUGA